AUGGCCGUUAUUGAUGUUGCCACUUCUGUCACAACUUGUCGAAGCGUAACCCAUGAGAAUGGAUCAAGCCUUCUACAAGAACGGCAUACAGCUAUCUUUCCCAAAGCACCACCUGUUCAUCCAUUUCUCAAUGCAACGGCAAAGCUUCAACCUCUAUCCCGAAUCCGUACGAAAAAAAAAUAUUGUCACGUCGAGGCUGCACACUCAAUCCCUCGAACUUCAUACUUAAGCCAUGACUCCCAGGUUUCACCGAGUUUUUUGGGUUUCAGGAAUCUGAUGGUGAUAGUUCUCAUCGCCGGAAAUCUCCGAUUGGUCAUUGAGAAUUAUACAAAGUACGGUGUUUUGAUAUGUCUACAAUGUCACAACUACCAAACACAGGAUAUUAUCUAUGGCGUCGCGCUACUAUUCAUCAUCCCAUGUCACCUUUUCCUCGCCUAUGUUGUGGAGUUGAAUGCUGCAUAUCAGGCAAGGGCCAUGUUGCGGCAGGGUAAAGACCGAGAAGGGACCGCGACACCUGGUGGGAGUUAUAUCGCUUCCGACAAAGAAAAGCGUGCAUUUCAACAGACUUGGCGGGUUAUUGCCUGGAUCCAUGGCAUUAAUGCUUCGGUGUGUCUUUUUAUGACAUCUUUUGUGGUUUAUUAUUUCAUUCACCAUCCUCUUAUUGGAACCCUUAGCGAAAUUCAUGCUAUCAUUGUUUGGCUGAAGACAGCCUCAUACGGACUAACAAAUCGUGAUCUUCGCCACGCAUAUCUACAUCCCUCAAGGCGGGAAGAGGAUGCCCUCCCACAAAUCUACGAUAAAUGUCCCUAUCCAAACAACAUAACCCUCGGCAAUCUGAUAUACUUUUGGUGGGCACCCACUCUUGUAUACCAACCUGUCUAUCCUCGGACCCCCACGAUUCGAUGGAUAUUUGUGGUCAAACGCGUAGCUGAAAUAAUUUUUUUGGGCGCUUUCAUGUGGAUAGCAUCUGCGCAAUAUGCCGCGCCCGUCUUACGGAACUCUCUUGACAAGAUUGUGACGUUAGACAUUCCAUCUAUUUUGGAACGCCUGAUGAAGCUUUCUACAAUUAGCUUAGCGAUAUGGCUGGCCGGAUUUUUCGCGUUUUUUCAAUCAUUUCUCAAUGCCCUAGCUGAAGUGAUGAGGUUUGGCGAUCGGGAAUUUUAUACGGACUGGUGGAAUAGUCCUUCACUUGGUAUCUAUUGGCGCACUUGGAACAAACCAGUGUAUCAAUUUAUGAAACGACAUGUAUUUUCCCCUCUUCUUGCAAGGGGCUGGGGAUCUUUGAAGGCGAGUAUAGCUGUGUUUACAUUUUCGGCGCUGCUGCACGAACUACUGGUAGGAAUUCCGACGCAUAACAUUAUUGCAGGGGUAGCAUUCUUUGGCAUGAUGAUUCAGAUUCCACUGAUUGCCCUUACGGCACCCCUAGAGACUAUGAAUGGCGUCAAUGGGAAGAUAGUUGGUAAUUGUAUUUUUUGGGUUACGUUUACACUGAUUGGACAACCACUCGCUCUGCUGCUCUAUUUUUUUGCGUGGCAGGCAAAAUAUGGGAGUGCAAGCCAGGCCGAAUCGGCGACUAGAGCCUAA